AUGGAUUUUACGAAUCUUCGAUCUUUUUCACCUUUCACUUGGAGCAUAUAUCCUGUAAUUUGUGGUGUUUUCCUUUGCUUCCUCACUCUUGGUUUGUACUUCAAACACUCCAGCCAAGCCAUAGAAUACUGGAUUUUCUUGGGCUCAAUUCCAUCUUUAUUAUGGAACUCCGACCGUGUAUUCGAGUGGGCGACGGAAGUUUUCAGUUCACUUGGAACUGGCAGAGGUUCGUUUUAUAUGGAUGGACCUAUGCUCUCAAGGUAUAAAUUUCUCGUAACCUGUCACCCUGAUAACUUAGAGUACAUACUCAAAACCAACUUGGAAAAUUUCCCGAAAGGAGAAAGUUUUAGAGAAAUUUUCGAAACACUUGGUGUUGGGAUCUUUAAUGUGGAUUCUGAUACUUGGAGGCUACAAAGAAAAUUGGCUCAUGCAGGGUUGAGAUUAGGAGAAUUUAAAGCUCUAGUUGCUGAGACAAGCCGUAAGGUGGUAGAAGAACAGUUAAUCCCACUUUUAGCACAUGUAGCCGAAGAAGGGUUCAGCAUUGACUUACAAGAUGUUUUUUCCAGAUAUGCUUACGAUAUUAAUAUGGGUAUGAUUUUCGGGAGGUAUGAAAACUAUCUCGACAUGAGUUUUCCUUCAAAUGAGAUGGCUGAGGCUACUGAUGCUGGACAACGCGCCUUAGUGAAUAGGAACAUAGUGCCUCGAUUUGUCUGGAAAUUACAGCGUCUGUUGAGAAUUGGUAACGAGGGAGUGAUGAUUAAAGCUCUAAAAAUGGUAAAUGAAUACUAUGGAGAAUACAUUCUUCAAAAGAAAGCAGACUUGCUUGCGGGAGUUCAAACUGACCAUCUCUUAUCUAUUUACAUAAAAGCUUUAGCAGAUAGUACUAGUAUUUUUGCUUCUUUGGCUAAGAAAGACAAUUAUCUUAAAGAUGAAAUGCUAAAUUUAUUCUUGGCAGGACGAGAUACAAUCAAAUCAGCUCUCACUUAUUUUUUCUGGUUAGUGUCAACAACACCUUUUGUCGAAGCAAAGAUCUUGGAAGAGUUGAAAUCGUCUUUGAUUACAAGCAGAAGUACAACCAAUAGAUGGCCAUGGGUUUUCCGUUCAGAUGACUUAAAAGGAUUGGUUUAUUUGCAUGCGGCUUUAUGUGAAUCCCUAAGGUUAUACCCACCACUUCCUCUCAACCGAAAAUCUGUUGUCAAGAAAGAUGUACUUCCCGAUGGGAGUGUGGUGACUCCUGGAAUGGAGAUACUACUUUCAAUCUAUUCAGUAGGAAGAAUGCCAUGGAUUUGGGGUGAAAGUUGUUUUGAAUUUAGGCCAGAGAGAUGGAUAGCUGAAAAUGGGAAGCUAAUUACUGAUCAAACAUCCAGAUUCUUGGCGUUCAACAUUGGGGCAAGAAGUUGUUUAGGUAAAGAUGCAUCAUUUACACAAAUGAAGUCUGUUGUUGCAGCUGUGCUAUUCAAUUUCCAUAUUGAGGUGGUGGAAGGUCAUCAUGUUUGCCCUAAACAGGGGACAACCCUUUAUAUGAAGAAUGGAUUGCAAGUGAAUAUUAAGAAAAGAACAGUUUAG